UUUGAGUAGCUUCAGGAAGAGCCGUCUCAAUGCUCGCACUUUCCAGUGUUUUUAACUUUACCCCAUGGCUCCCUAAGGUUGUCAUCCAGCGCUGUGGACAUCCAGCGCACAAAGCGCCCCGAUUUUGUGCAAACCCCCCAACACGCUCUCCUUCCAGCCUCUGACCCCCCAGCACACGGAUUCCUGGUGGAAAUGGCCUCGCUGGAGCUUCCGUGCAAAAGGGAAGCCCCACACUCCUGGGGAAGCGAGGAGAAGGCCCGGGCCAGUGCUGGUUUCCUGAGAACAAUGUCCGUGGGAGGCGCAGGCAGAGCUCCUUCUUCAGUGGUGGUGGCAGAGCCCGAAUGGAGGGUUUCACCUUCACUAUUAAAGCAGCACCAGGCGCCCUGCAGGCCGGCAUGCGCUUCUGCUCUCAGACCAUCCUGAAAGGAACGUUCACAGCUCAUCUUUCUGCAAAGGCAACGUCACAAAGGGCCUCCUGCGCGCCCUCUGGCGGCCAGCUGGAGAAGAGUGCUUUCCCGGGAUCCCAGGAAGGAAAGCGGCUGCUAAUUGUGCCCGCGCCUCCCCCUGGCGGUAGUCCCCUGAAUCACUGGAACUCACAAUGGCCCAGAUCUCUCUGUGGCUGCUGGCAGGGGUGAUGCUCUGCUCCAUCCCUGCUGGUUCUCUAGAGGAGGACAAACAUUGGGUCCAUACAGGAGACAAAGGGAGAGUCUUAACUCUUUUGUCUCAACUGCAAAAGACCCCCCCUUACUUAUGCCUGGAUGACAGAAACGACUUCAAAUUCCCUUGGGAAAUGGAGACCAUCAUGCAAAUGAACAGGACACAACGCCUCUGUUUACACCAUGUGAUGACCGCGCAGAUCUUCAGAGUCUUUGCAACAAGGCGCAGCUUUGCUGAAUGGGACCGCAAGCGCCUCUCUAAACUACUGUCCAGCCUUCAUCAGAGUCUGGAGGACCUGGAGGACCAAGCGAAGAAGGAAAAUAAUAAUUUGGCUUGUCCCAAUUUGGGAGUUGUCGCACGGAAUUACUUCCGAAGAAUCCAAAAGUACCUGAAGGAGAAGAAAUACAGCUCCUGUGCCUGGGAGGUCGUUUUAGUGGAAGUGAUGGCACGUGUUAUAAACAUGAUACUAUCCUUAAAGAAAAGUCAACAAAUUCAGAAUAAAUUGAUAUGGUAA